AUGGCGAAUGUUCGUCCAUAUGAGCCCUUAAAAUUAUACAUUGCAGUAUCUAAAAAUAUGAUUGGGUGUAUGUUAGCCCAAGAUGAUGAGAACGGGCAUGAGCGGGCCAUUUAUUACCUUAGUCGAGUUCUAACUGACAUCGAAACAAGGUAUUCCCCGAUAGAGAAAUUGUGUUUGUCUCUAUACUAUGCUUGUAUGAACUUAAAGUGUUAUAUGGUGGCUAAAUCGGUAAGGGUUAUAGCGCAAACUGAUCUCAUCAAAUAUAUGUUAAGUUUUCUAAUGUUGCGAGGGCGUUUAGGAAAAUGGAUGCUGGCACUGACAUCGUUAGAUUUGCAACAUGUCCCGGCUAAAGCUGUAAAAGGACAGGUCAUUGCAGAUUUUCUUGUUGAUAAUUCGAACGAUCUGAAUGACCAGGGGGCAAAUGUAAUCGACAUUGAAGUUGAUUAUUGGAAGUUAUAUUUUGAUGGAUCGAAGCACAAAGAUGGUGCAGGGGUUGGAAUUCUUAUUAUUUCACCAGAGGGGAUUCCAUCAGAAUUUCUUUUCGAGUUAAAAUAUCCUUGCUCGAAUAAUGUGGCAGAGUACGAAGCUUUAAUUUUGGGUCUCGAAAUAUUAAUUAGUAAAGGGGCUUUGAAAGUCCAGAUAUUAGGGGAUUCCCAGUUGGUUUUGAAGCAGUUAUCCAAGGAGUUUAAAUGCAAUAAUGAGAAGUUGCAAAAGUAUUUAACAACUGAUCGAGAGUUGUUAACCUCCUUUCGAAAAGUUUUUUUGGUUCACAUUCCCAGAAUCCAUAAUGAAAUUGCUAAUAAAUUAGCCCAAAUUGCUUCGAGAUAUAGAAUCGGUCCAGAGACUCUUAAAAAAUUGGCUAGUAUCCAUCAAAUAUUAGUACCUGCAAAUGAAAGAGAGGCUUUGUGUAUAGAUGAAUGGAAGAUAAUGACUGGAGAAAGCCUAUUGCUCAGUAUUUAA